AUGCAGUGUUUAUUGGCUUGUGACAUUGCCAAAGUCUCAUGUUCGAAUGUUGCAUAUCCAGAUCAAAUGGCUGCCAUGGGUAUGUUGUGUUUGUCCCCACUCUCGGAUCAGCAACACGCACUUUCUUUCCCAUCAUUACCAUCUCCAUCGCUUAAGCUUCAGAAUCGUCCUCUGUAUCUCACCAAUUUACCUCAUUCUUCUCAAAGGUUGAGACUUUCCUUCGCGGGAGGCGACGGCGGAGAUGGGGUCGGGCGGAGUGGUGGUGGUGGUGGUGGUGGAGGUGAUGACGGAAAUUCCAAAGAUUCUUCUGUCGGGAUUCUGGGUCUUUUUCUGAAUGGGUGGAGAUCAAGGGUCGCUGCCGAUCCACAAUUCCCUUUCAAGGUUUUGAUGGAGGAGUUGGUGGGUGUAAGUGCGUGUGUUUUAGGUGACAUGGCUUCGAGGCCUAAUUUUGGGUUGAAUGAACUUGACUUUGUCUUUUCAACCUUGGUUGUUGGGGCUAUUCUCAAUUUCACUCUCAUGUAUCUGUUGGCACCUACCAUGACAUCAUCAGCAUCCAACCUACCAGCCCUCUUUGCCUCAUGCCCCAAGAGUCACAUGUUUGAGCCUGGUGCUUAUUCCCUUCUGGAUAGAAUUGGAACCUUGGUGUACAAAGGGACCAUUUUUUCUGUUGUUGGUUUUGGUGCAGGACUAGUUGGAACCACACUUUCCAAUGGGUUGAUCAAGAUGAGGAAGAAGAUGGAUCCAACCUUUGAGACCCCUAACAAGCCCCCACCUACCCUUUUGAAUUCUCUCACUUGGGCAGGCCACAUGGGGAUUAGCAGCAACCUGAGGUACCAGACUCUGAAUGGUAUUGAAUUCAUGCUGGAGAGAGUUCUUAACCCCUUGGCAUUCAAGUCCUCAGUGUUGGUGCUGAGGUGUGUGAACAAUGUUCUUGGGGGCAUGUCCUUUGUGGUGUUGGCAAGGUUAACUGGAGCACAGAGUGUUGGGGAGCAGAAGGAGAAUGAGAUUGCUUUAAUUUCUGAGAAGGAGAAGGUGGAAUCAGAGAGGGAAGAGGGGCUGCAGAAUCAGUCGACAGCACCAUCAAAGUGA